AUGGAUUCCAAUGGGCAUCUCGCAUCGGUUGGCAGCGCCAGUGAUAAAGCUGCUUACGAGCAUGGUGUUCAAGUGAUUGACGAGAACAAGGAGUUCAAUCCAAAUCUUUCCACAUAUCUGAGCGUCGAAAAUGUGACCCCCGCUGGUUUCAACUACCAUCUUGUCUCCGUGUUCGGAUCCCAGUCGACCGGCAAGUCCACGCUCCUCAACCACCUCUUUGGUACGCAGUUUUCUGUCAUGUCCGAGUUGGAAAGACGGCAAACGACCAAGGGUAUCUGGCUAUCGAAUAACAAGAAGGUCUCUGAGUCGCCCGGGGAUGCAAACGAGAGAAUGGCCGAUAACAUCCUUGUCAUGGACGUUGAGGGAACGGACGGCCGUGAGAGAGGCGAGGACCAGGACUUUGAACGCAAGAGCGCUCUUUUUGCGCUGGCGACGAGUGAGGUCCUUAUUGUUAACAUCUGGGAACACCAAGUCGGUUUGUAUCAGGGUGCCAACAUGGGACUGCUGAAGACUGUCUUCGAGGUCAACUUACAGCUGUUCUUGAAGGAUAGGAGUACAACCCAUCGAUCGCUUCUGUUUUUCGUCAUCCGUGAUUUCGUCGGAACCACUCCCCUCAAGAACCUUCAAAAGACGUUGACGGAGGACAUUUCCCGUCUGUGGGACUCCAUAUCCAAACCCACUGGCCUUGAGAACUCGAGCGUUCACGAUUAUUUCGACUUCCAGUUCUAUGGGCUUCCCCACAAGGCUUACCAGCCCGAUAAGUUUGUAGAGGAAACGAACAAGCUCAGCCUGCGUUUCCGUGAAGGACAGAAAGAUCUGAACUUGGAUCCGCUUAAAGGCGAAUUCUCCGAGGGAGGUGUCUUCCUUCCCGAAUACCAUCGUCGGAUCCCUGCAGAUGGAGUUUCGAAAUAUGCUGAAGGUAUCUGGGAUCAGAUCGUCAACAACAAAGACCUGGAUCUGCCGACACAACAGGAACUUCUCGCGCAGUUCCGUUGUGACGAAAUCUUGAGGGAAGUGAUGGUGGCCUUUGACCAGGCAGUUGUCCCCUUCGAAGACAAGCAGGCACAAGCGGCUCGUCUGGGAGAAGCGGAGAUUCUCGGUGGCUUGGGAGCGGCGAUGCGAGCUUCACGAACAAAAGCCGUCGACGCUUUCGAGAUUGAAGCUAGCCGUUACCACAAGGGUGUUUAUCAGCGAAAGCGGGCGGAGCUGGAAGGAAAGGUCGACACCCGUCUGAAGGCCCUGUUCUACGGUCAACUUAGUGCAACGCACAAGUCUGGUACCAACGACUUCACCGAGGCUGUUACAGGAGCAGUGAAGGCGGGCCAGAAACGAGGCACUGGUUACGACUUUGCCGAGAUCGUGAAGCAGGAGACAAAGGUUGCGCUGGAGAAGUUCCAGGAGGUCGCUCGCUCCACCGUGGUUGAAGGGCUCGAGUGGAGUAACUACGAAAACGAAUUGGCAUUGUAUGAGAAGGAGCUGGCAGAAGUUAGCUCACGACUGAGAAAGGAUGAAAUGAGGCGUCUGGCAAGUCGGAUUGAGCGGUGGGUGCAGUCGCGUUUAGGUGAGUCUGUCGGGCUUGAAUUCAAUGCUUUGGGGUCUGGACGAGCAGGCGGUGGGGCUCCCGAGGUAGGAGACAAACAAACCGAAAAGGCCUUCUGGGACCGAAUCUGGAAUAUCUUCAGCGAGACGGUCAUCGAUGCGGAGAAGAAAUUCACGGAUCGUGCCAGUAGCUUCGACGCGAGCCUGGAGGAAGUAGACGUUGGUCUAUGGAGACUGCGGAGAAAGUCCUGGGGUGUUUUGCGGACGAAGAUCGACGAGGAGAUGAUCGAGGGCAACCUGCUGCUUAAGUUGCGUGAGAACUUUGAGGACAAGUUCCGCUAUGACGAUGCCGGUGUGCCUCGAAUCUGGCGUCCGACCGAUGACAUUGAAGGCGUAUAUACUCGUGCUCGCGAGUCUACCCUAACUCUGAUCCCGUUCCUAUCUCGAUUCCGUUUGGCAGACACAUCUGCCCCGCCACCAUUGGACCGCUGGGUUGGGCACACUCCCAACUCUGCGACGCCAGCCGAUGAGGAAGACCUUGUCCCGAUUGGCGGUGUAGAUGAAGAGGAAGGCAAGAGCUUGGAGGAGGAGACGACCAUUCUCAGUGACGCCAAACGACAGGAUCUCACAGUGCGGUUUAAGAAGGCAGCAGAUGGAGUGUAUGUGGAAGCCAAGCGGAGCGCCAUCGGUGGCAUGACCCAGGUUCCUCUGUACUUUUAUGGUAUUCUCCUUGCUCUUGGUUGGAACGAAAUCAUUGCUGUCCUCCGGAACCCCGCCUACUUUGUCCUCUUGUUUGUUUGUGCCAUUGCUGGGUACGUGACGUAUCAACUCAAUCUAUGGGGCCCAAUUAUGAAGAUGACUGAGGCGGCGUCCGGCCAGGCGAUGCAGGAAGGCAAGCGCCGUCUGCGCGACUUCCUCGAGUCGUCCGAUACGGGCAGACAGGCCAUUGCCAUGUCGGGUUCCGGUACGGAGAGUUCUCGGGAGGAGUACGAGAUGUCGAACCUUAAGAAGGAGACCUCGUCGAAGGAAGCAGAGGAUGACCUGUAA